ACGGAAUGCAAAAUUUACAGACAAGUGCAAGAGCGACGUUGACAGGCGUUGACAGCGACGAGCCCGGCUAUUCGGCUAUAAGGUAUGUAUGUGAGGAUUAAGAGAAAUUCGUCUGUAAAACCUCACGGGAAGGAUCAUCAAAACAAAGCCGAGGGUCCUAGGAGUCGCGGACGCGGUGAAGUUGACGUGUCCACAUCUUCUAUGAUGGUCCGAGGAGAGUGUUGCUGCUGCACUCCAUUGAGUGGAAUGACACAGGUAUUGCCGGCCUGGAUUUGUCACAAAUUUCCCUGGUGUCACUAUCAUGAUGUCCACUGCGUCCUCGACUAUGGUGCUAACAAUACACUAUGUUUAGAGUUCCAUAACCCACCGUCUGUGUUUACAGUAGUCACCAAAUACCUUCUUCAUGCACGAACGAGGACUCAGUGCGAGCAUACUUCCCUCCGAGUUCCCUUCAAGGUGUUUCAUCGAAUAGGCUAUCCCGGUCAUUAUCCUCUUAAAUCCCCCGAUUCGAACAAGAAUACAUCCCAUCUCUUCAGACCCUUUCGAACCCUUCUAACCCCCGAUCGAAUUUGUAUUAAUCAUGCAUGCCCACCAGUCCCGCAAGACGCUACCCUUAUGCUACCUACAUGCACGCAGGCUGUCCACCUACGUAAAGUGGGUGAAAGACGCAACGUAGCCCCUCAUGUUGCAUCUUCAGACACGUACAAAGGCGCUUGUUUGGGACUGAGAGCAUACAAUUGAGGAAGGGUCUGUAUCAUGAUAUCGUGAACCUGACAGUCUCGAAAGCGUAAGGUGAAGAAGCCCUUGCGUUCUACGGGAGAAUCUCCCGGUCCAAAGAAACCUAACAAAGUCAGUCAAUGAUCUCUCAUACACUUCACCACGGAUCAAAACUACUCAUCAGACCAUCA